AUGAUUGACUGGUUCAAGAAUGCUUUGCUGCCUCAAGUGGCUCCACUCCUCGCAACCGUUAUCGUCUGGUUUCUUCUCAGACACCUUUCUUUCAUUUCCAACCCCCAGUUCGUACUCCUCAUGUUACCACCUCGCCGGAUAGUCUACAAAAGCAGGCCUGUAAACUUUCCAGACAUAUGUCACCAACUGGCCUCGCUUCCACACGGCAAUCCACGUGGCUCCGUUGAGACGAUAUUUCUUGCACCAUGGAACACGGAAGUCGCGUAUACCACACCAUCGUUCAUCGGCAUGGGCACCACCAGUGCCACAACGGACAAGCAUAGCACGAAUCCCAACCCCAUCUACCUAAUCCAGAGAGACGUACACGUCGUGGCAAACGAGAACGAUCAGAUACCACUUGUGCACCGGCCGAUAGGACACCCUGGACCGUUGCAUCGAAUUGGAUGUCAACUGACGUCUAGCUGA